AUGGCUGACCUACCAUCUGACGCUUUACCUGAGCUCUCUGUUCCUAGCAAGCCUGAUCUACCCCCCUUGAUGCUUUACCUGAGCUCUCUGUCCCCGGCAAGCGGGAGCUUAUGGCACAACUUCAGUCGCAUCUCGAUGUGGGUUUCGUGCGCUCUCCCGUUCUGGCUCGCAGACAUCGGAGUGGUUCGGAAGGUUGUGGGCGAUCUCGCGAUAGGAGGGCUAUCAGCCGUUUACGUUCAAUGCGCUAUCGACCAGUGUCAGAUCGAUGUCGUAUUGAAGCAAUGGCAAACGAAACGCAGACCGGUCAAGGUGGCUUCAGCAUCCGCCGCUGCUACACCCAAUCAAUCAAUACCUACCACGCCAAUCCAGUCCAGUCCCCAACCCCCGACAUCCUCCUCAAAGAAGCGAAAAUCCAUCGGAAGCGCCGAGCUGGAUUCUUCAGGCAAGAAAACAGCUAAAACUCGUAACCGAGAUGUUAUGGAGAGGUGUCGAGAAAGAGACAACUACAAAUGUGUCCUUUCAAAUUACGAUGAGUACGACAUCUGCCACAUCUACCCAUGGUGCCUCAAUGGCCAAGAAGGAACAGAAGACCAGCGUACCUUCUGGAAAACCAUGAGAAUGUUCUGGCCCGAGGAUAAAGUCGACGGCUGGAGGGCGGCAGUGACUAGCGAAGAUGGAACGGAGAUCUUGCAAAACCUUCUAGCUUUGAACCCGACCCUACACCGUGAGUGGGGAAAUGCCCGCUGGGCCCUUCAGCCUAUUCGCGUCGAAGAUGAUGGAACAAAGCUACUUAUGCGCUAUUAUCGGUUACCCCAAUAUCCCCGAGAACUUGCUGUGCCUAUGGCCCAAGAACCGGUUCUGCCUGCCGACUAUGCUGCAGCUGGGGUACGUCCAAUCCUUUCUGGAGACAUUAUCGAACUGCGUACCUCCGACCCAGCACGCCUUCCUCUCCCAUCAAUGGCAAUAUUAGAGAUGCAAUGGGUUCUCUAUCGUGUACUCGCUCUGGCCGGCGCCGCGGACUCUUCCCUGGAUACGUGGGACUCGGACUCAGAUUCAGAUAUCGAAGUAUGCCUCGGUCCAAGCAUCAAGCACAAUGUGAGCCCUACAAUGUUGCACGAGGAGAGCCCUACAACGUUACACGAUGUUGUGAGCAACCUAUCGUUGUCCCGCACAGUAAGCGUUCCACCAGAACCUAAGCGGGGACGCAUUCCCCUACACCAGGAGGAUCCAGGUAUCACCGGAUCCGAGAAUCGGCGGCCAUCGCUAUCUCCCCAGCCCGCCUUAACCCCCACGAAGUCUAAAUCGCCUGUACCCGCCAGCUGGGCUAGAGGGCGUGGCCAAACAAGUCGUUCCCCACAUUCAAGGAACAGACGCUAG